AUGGGCAAACAGCCAAUCACCACCACCACCACCACUGCCGCCACCACCAACUCGGAAUCCUCCGCCGCCGCCGCCGCCGAGUUCAAGCUGGUCGGAUUUAAAUCCUUCGUCCGCACAAACCCCAGGUCCGACCGCUUCCCCGUCCGCCGUUUCCACCACAUCGAGUUCUGGUGCGGCGACGCCACCAACGCUGCCCGCCGUUUCUCCUGGGGCCUCGGCAUGCCCCUCGCCGCCAAGUCCGACCUUUCCACCGGAAACUCCGCCCACGCCUCCUACCUCAUCCGCUCCGGCCAGCUCGACUUCCUCUUCACCGCCCCAUACUCCCCCUCCGUCUCCGACCCCUCCACUGCCGCCAUCCCCUCCUUCUCCCUCCCCGCCCACCGCUCCUUCACCUCCUCCCACGGCCUCGCCGUCCGUGCAAUCGCCUUCGAGGUCGAUUCGGCCUUUUCCGCCUACUCCACCUCAAUUUCCCACGGCGCCAUAUCGGUUUCCCCCCCAAUUCUGCUAGCCGACGGCCUAACCGCUAUAGCUGAAGUACAAUUGUACGGCGACGCCGUCCUGCGCUAUGUGAGCUAUGGCGAAACCUCCCAUCUCUUUCUUCCGGGAUUCGAGCCCGUCGAUAACAAAUCUUCCUAUCAGGGACUGGAUUACGGGAUCAGACGGCUCGAUCACGCCGUGGGCAAUGUCCCCGAACUCGGGCCUGCAGUCGAGUACCUGAAGAAAUUCCUAGGGUUUCAUGAAUUCGCCGAAUUCACUGCCGAGGACGUGGGGACCACAGAAAGCGGGUUGAAUUCAGUUGUUCUAGCUAACAACGAAGAGAAUGUUUUGAUUCCAUUAAACGAACCGGUUUAUGGGACAAAAAGAAAGAGCCAGAUACAGACUUAUCUUGAGCACAAUGAAGGUCCGGGCGUGCAGCACUUGGCUCUGGUAUCUGAGGACAUUUUCCGAACUCUUGAGGAGAUGAGGAAAAGAAGUGGAGUCGGGGGGUUCGAGUUCAUGCCUUCACCUCCACCUACUUACUACCGGAAUCUGAAGGGUCGGGCUGGAGAUGUCUUGAGUGACGAGCAGAUUAAAGAGUGUGAGAGGCUGGGGAUUUUGGUUGACAGGGAUGAUCAAGGGACCUUGCUCCAGAUUUUCACCAAGCCGGUGGGCGACAGGCCAACGAUAUUCAUAGAGAUAAUCCAGAGAAUAGGGUGCAUGCUGAAAGACGAACAAGGAAGGACUUAUCAGAAAGGCGGGUGUGGAGGAUUUGGAAAGGGCAACUUUUCAGAACUCUUUAAGUCCAUUGAAGAAUAUGAGAAAACGCUUGAAGCCAAACUAGUGAGUGAAAAGGCAAAGGCUUGA